UCUACUGCUCAUCGUCUUUUCGAUCACUACGAUACUCCUGUUGAUCCUCGUAUCCGUUCUCUUCAAUGGACCGGCGAUGGGUGCUCUCGUUUCCAUCCUCUUGUGGUUUGUCGGCAUAAUUCUCAGCUCCGUGUGGAUGGACUCCCAAACUUCGAACAACUACACCUCAAUCGGGGCAUCCUAUAAACUUCUUUCGCUCUUCCUGCCCCCCUGUGGUUGUUAUUGGACCUUCAAACUCAUCGGAUUUUGGGAGCAGGCAGAUGUCGGGGUGCAAUUUUCGAACCUGGGCCAGAUUGCGAGUCCUGGCGACAAUAUCACCCUCCUGCAGCUGGUUCUCGCCCAGGUCGCCAUCUGGUUCCUCUACGGCUUCCUCAUCUUCUACCUGGAUGCGAUCGUGCCCUGGCAAUACGGGAUCCCGAAACAUCCCCUCUUCCUCUUCAGACGGUCAUAUUGGUCAUUGAACAGGGAACCGUCGAAGAAGGCUCGACCGAGCUCCUCCGAAAAUCUCGAGAUGUUUGAAGCGGUCUCGGAAUCUCUCUGUGAAACGGUCGUCGAGCUUGUGAACGUCACGAAAUACUUCAACGGGAAGAAAAAAGCUGUCGACGAUCUGUCGGCUAAGUUCUACAAGAAUCAAAUCUCUGUCAUUCUCGGUCACAACGGGGCAGGGAAGACCACGACAAUGAACAUUUUGACCGGCUUAUUUCCCCCGUCGUGCGGGAACAUGUACAUCAACGGAUACAGCGUGCAGGAAAACACGAAGAAAGCCCGCGAGAGCGUCGGUUUGUGCCCCCAACACAACGUCCUGUUCGAUGAUCUGACUGUUGUUGAGCAUCUCCGAUACUUCGGGAUCAUGAAAAAUGCGGAACGCGUCGAAGAGGAGAUAAACGAAUUACUCGAUAAAUUCGACUUGACCAAGAAGAGAUUCACGCUUUCCAAGGAUCUUUCCGGCGGAAUGAAGCGGAAAUUGUCUAUGGCGAACGCUAUGAUCGGUGGUUCUGAGAUCCUCAUCUUGGACGAACCAACUGCUGGAAUGGAUCCGCAAGCCCGUCGCGCCGUCUGGACAAUUUUGCAGGAAGCUCGGAAAACCCGCUCAAUACUUUUGACGACUCACUAUAUGGAAGAAGCAGACGUACUCGGUGAUCGGAUCGCCUUCCUCACGGCUGGGAAGCUGCGCUGUGCGGGCUCUCCAAUGUUCCUGAAGAAAAAGUUCGAUACUGGCUAUAAGAUGAGGGUAGCGAAAGCCUCAACAGACACGGAUACCCGUCUGACGCUCAAAGCCAUAUCCACGUUCCUCGAUGGAGCAGUUUUGGAAUCUAAUACUAACCAAGAGUUCUGCGUGAAUCUCGGGUUUCCGUCGACGGAAACUCUCGUUCAACUGUUUUCUCACCUCGAAGACAGCAAAUUACAGCUCGGGAUUGCCAAUCUCGGGGUGUCCGUCACGACUAUGGAGGAUGUUUUUCUGAAAGUCGGAGCCGCCGGCGAAGACAACGCCGGCUUCGAAUCUUCACGAGUAUCCUCCACUAGUAGCAGCAGCAGUCUGCAUUCGGACGUGGAGGUUCGAGUUCCAGACGCUUUCCCGAAAUUCAUCCGCCUCGAGGGGCCAGAACUUUUCUUCUCACAGUUCUCGGCAUUGUUCGUCAAGCGGUUCAACACAAUCAAACGAGAAUGGUGGAUGGCUCUAUUUCUAUUCAUCCUCCCGGUUCUGCUCACGGUGUAUUUCUGUGUUUUGGACGAAUGGGCUUACUCAACUGAAAAUGAGAGCGACAUCCACUACUCCCUUGGUGGCCUCUAUGGCCGGACUGAGGGCUUCAUAAGCUCGACAGCGGACAAAAGCGAUCUGUCUCCUGUUCUGCGGAAGUACAUGACGCGAGAAAAAGUCGAUUUCGGCAUUGUACAAUCGAAGAAUUUCACGGAAUACCUCAUUGAAAAGUCCUAUGAGGAUCCUCUGGGGUACAGAAUAAAGAUGAUGAUGGGCGUGGAUAUAGACGAAAAGAACAAUACCAUCGUAUGGAUAAACGAAGGAGCUUAUCAUUCGGGACUUUCGAUCAUGCUGAGCGUGCAGAGGAUGAUGUUCGAAAUAGCUACCGGGAAAGAGCUGCACCUGGAAGUAACUUCGCACCCGAGAGACGGAUCUCGAUUCAUACUGGACACGAUUCUCAAACUCUUCUGGGUCCGCAUCGUCUCGGUGUUCCCGAUAUCCCUGGCCGUUGCUUUCCUGACCUGUUCUCUGAUCAUGAACCCAAUACAGGAGAACAUUUCGAAGUCGAAAUUGCUUCAACUGAUGUCCGGUGUCCAUCAAGUGAUUUACUUCGGCUCGAGCUUCGUGUUCGAUUUCGUCCUGUUGCUUUCAUCGGUCGGAAUCAUGAUGGCGACAUUACUCAUCUACAACCCUCUGACUUCGUUCACGAUAUUUGCCGACACCUGGCAGGCCGUCUUCUGUCUACUGAUUCUCUACGGCUACGCCAUGAUUCCGCUGUCUUACAUACUCGCCUACAUCUUCAACAAGCCCUCGACCGGAUUCAUGUACUUACUAGUUUUCAAUGUCAUCACGGGCUCAAUAGUCGUGGUUGUCAUGGCGCUCUUCGACAUGCUGUCAAUUUUGAACAAUGAUGUCUUCAAGUUCGAUAUCAAUGCCAUCAAUAUCUCGCUGCACGUUUUGAACUACGUGCCGGCCUUCGGCGUCGUCUGGGGAUUCGUCAAUAUUCACGUGAAUGGCUUGGCCAAGUCGUUCUGCGACACGACGCCUGAUACGAUAAUAGCGAAGUACUGCCCCACCAAGAUCGAGUCGUACUUCAUUCGACCUUGCUGUAACAGAUGCCCUGGUUCCGACUCUGAUGAGGACCACUGCUUCGUACACACCUCCCCAUUCCUUCUGGAUGAGAGAGAAGCGGCAGGAUUUCAGAUGCUGGCACUUUUCAUCAUGGGGACCAUAUCCUUCCUCGUUCUGAUUCUGAUUGAAACAAACCCGCAGUAUCUCUUCUACAUAAUUUCCAACAAGUUGCGGAAGAAAAAACGCGCUGGCGCGCUUUCCGCCACGGGUACACAUCUCGACAUGGAGGACGUUGAUGUCAAGACGGAACGGGAGAUCACGGAUAACAUCAUGGCCGUUCCGAAUAGCCGCGAUCGGUCGGAUGAAGCUCUCAUAGUUCACGGGCUGAGUAAAUACUACGGGUCCUUCCUCGCUGUCGACAACGUUACUUUCCGGGUACAUGAUGGAGAGUGCUUCGGACUCCUUGGAGUAAAUGGAGCAGGGAAAACGACGACUUUUGGGAUGCUGACUGGCGAUCUAUUGAUGAGCAGGGGUAAUGCCUUCAUUCAUGACUCCGAUGUGAAGACAAGUCUGCGGAAGUUCCAGAGACACAUCGGCUACUGUCCGCAGUUCGAUGCCUUGAUCGCCACCAUGACGUGCAAAGAGCUGCUCCAGCUCUUUUGUGCCCUCCGAGGAGUCCCCAGACACAACACGAACGAAGUGGUCAAUUUCCUCAUCGAUAUUGUGGAUCUGACAUCCCAUGCUCAUAAAACGGCUGGCUCAUACAGCGGGGGAAACAAGCGGAAACUGUCGAUCGCCAUCGCCAUGAUCGGUAAUCCUAGGGUGCUGUUCCUCGACGAACCUACUGCCGGAAUUGAUCCCUCGGCGCGUCGGAAAAUAUGGAACGCGUUGAUGAGAGCGCAGAAAGAUAUCGGCAGCGCUGUUGUCCUCACCAGUCACUCAAUGGAAGAAUGCGAAGCUCUGUGUCACAGGCUCUGCAUCAUGGUCAACGGACGCCUCCGAUGCUUGGGUUCUACUCAACAUCUGAAAUCGAAAUUCGGCGAGGGAUUCACAGUCUUGAUCAAGUUACGAGCUCGUCAAAAUCAUGUUGCGUGCGAGGUCGUCCAUACCAUGGAAACCAUGUUCCCGAAAAAUGUCAUUCUCCGAGAGCAUCAUCAGAGCCUGAUGCAUUUUCACGUGACGGAUACAUCAAUCCGUUGGAGCACCUUGUUCAGCAAAGUGAAUGAAAUCAAUUUGAGGUUCCAUUUCGAGGACGUCUUCGUUUCGGACACGACCUUGGAACAGAUAUUCCUUUCAUUCGCCAAAAUGCAGAAAAACGCCGACGAAGACGAACAUAGUGAGUCGGACGCGAUUGACGACAACCUACCGGUUGAAGCAUCGUCCACCAUUCUCAAUUACCGAUACUGAAUCUUGCAAGCUCGGCAACAUCAACCCAUCCAAGAACUCAAUCAACUCAUUAGGCUGAGUGUUGAGUUGUAGAAAAACCUUCGUUUACAGCUCACGGCUGAGGGAUCGCCAAGAUUUUGUUGACCCCCGCGCCCCUCAACUUCUUGCUGCUAUUCAGUAUCUCUUUCUCGAGGAUACAGACAACUGCAGCCUUGUUGAAUUCUUGUGGCGAGAAACUUGUCGAAUGAUAUGUGAUGAAUGUGUCUAGUCCUAGGAGUGAUUGUUGAAAUUAAUAUACUGAGAGUAUCUGUACACAUUGUGAGAAAAACUUUUUUUGACUGACCCUAAUAAAACUGAGU